UAAUUAUAUAGUGCUCAAAUAGUUGUUUCAAAUUUUAUGGCAGUUAUAUUUUAAUGGCAUAAAAAUGGCAACUAACAAUGAAACAAUAUUAUCUUCUUCACAACUUGAUCUUGAAAGUGAUGAUGGAAUGGAAAUACCAAUCAAUGUGAAUGAUGCUGAAAUAUUCCAAAAAGACAUCAACACUCUUACAGUUGCGGAUGUUUAUAAUAUUGCUUCAAGUGUUGGAAGGGAAUUUGAGAAACUCACGGAUGCUUUUGGAGGGGCUAUAUUUUCCGACGUAAUGCCAAAAAUGAUCAGAGUGUUGGAAAUGUUGGAAGCUUUUGCAGCAAAAUCUCAAAAUAUUUCCACAGAUGUGGUUGAACUUCAGGUAUCAGUUCAAAAAUUACAAGCUGAAGAAAAAACAAAUGUUACUAAAUAUAAAGAGGAUUUGGAUAUGGUAGAAACUGCUUGGCGAGAAGAAACAAGACAGUUGCUUCAAUCUGUUGAGACUUUGCAAGAAGAUAACAAAAAACUCACGCAGCUUCUAACUGAAAAACUGGAAGCGCCUGUGGAUUCUCAAAACAACAGUGACCAACAAGUUUCUGUUUUAUCAAUGCUUGAAGAGUCGGUUGAGAAAAAAAGAGAUGAAAUUCGCGAAAAAAACCUGCAGAUCGAACAACAAAGUGCAGAAUGUGAAGCGUUAUCUUCACAAGCGCAACAACUAUCAAAGUUGAAUGUUAAUUUGCGGCGCAAAGUUGCAGUAAUGGAACAACAAGCUUCAAUCCUGGCAAGUCAAAAUACUGAUCUGGAAACUAUUUGUAAGGAAAAAGAUCGUCAAAUCAAAGAAUUACAAAAGAGGUUAUCAGACAGCCCUCGGGUUCUUGAACCAAUAAAUGAAGAGGUGUUUUCUGAGUCAGUUGCCUGUGAAGCAUCAGAGCUACCCAUUGAUCCUCUGUUGGCUAACAAACUGGUGAUUGACUUGUCUGACCCUGAUCGACCACGUUAUACACUACAUGAAUUGAAGGAAGUGCUUGAAGAGAAAAAUAAAUUCAAAUUGGAAAAUUUUAUCCUUAAAGAUGAAGUAAAAUCUUACAGACAAUUACUUACUGUAAGGAAAGAAGAAUCUUGGGAAGAGAUUGAUCCUCAGGAAUUGUCGUGUAUUCCUUCUCAACAUGAAGUUAAUAAUAACCAAAAUAUGAAAUCAGAAGGUGGAAUAAGGAAAUUGUUUACAUCAAUCUUCUUGCGAGGUGACAAAAACGAAAAGAUUUCAAGUGAUAAAAAAAAACAAAAAGCAAGUCAUGUCCGCUUCGAUCUCCCGGUAUAUGGCUUCGAUGAUUGUGAAGAUGUGCGAAGUAAUGACGAUUGAUAAUCAAACUCUAGCCAAAAUACAGGGCAAUUUAAUCACUCAUCAGACUAUAGAAUAGAUGUCAGAAAUUUCUCAUCAGUGUCACAAAUGUAUUUACCGGUGGUGAAAAUGACAAUGGUAAAUAUGAGAAAUUAAUUAUCAAAUUGAAUGCCUUAUGGGACAAAGUUUGUUUUAUAACUCAUUAAACAGAAAUUUAUUGGUCAAUGGUUGCUUAGUAUUCUAUGAUAUAAUCAACCAAAUACUCAUCUUGUUUCAAUGCUUUCAUGUUCGGUUCAUUCUGAAAUAGGGUCAUGAAUAAGAAAUUGUUUCAUUCGUAUUAGUUUCAACUUCGGCCUCAUCGAAUUGUUCCCUACUUGCCAACAACUUACCAUUUUUUUCCUUUGUGCCUUGCUUUUCUUACAAUAUAAUAUAUAUAAUUUUCUUCACAUAAUAUAAUUGCUGUUCGUCCAUUCAUUUUCUAAUCUGUUGAAAGAGAAUUAAUUUUAUAUUUACAUAAUCCAAUUAUAAUUUGGCACUGUGUUAUCAAUACAUAGCUAUAUUUAUGAUUGAUUAUUUCAUGAAGAUAAUAAAUUUAAUCAGGUAAUGAGACCA